CAUCGCGCGGGGGACGAUUGCAUCGAGGUUUCUCUGCUCCGUCAUCCGAGUGUAAUUCUAGCCGUCUCCCGAGGAACCGGCUCGUGGUUCCACUCAUCUCAGCGCUCCAUUGCCGGCUCGGUUGUCACUGCCGCCUAGCAACUUGGCUGCCACGAAAACCGCGUAUUGACAUGCCACCGCGGCCGCAAUAAACUCUCCGACUGCUUUCACGUCUAUCUUGACUAGCGACGCUGACCACGAUUGCUCCCCACUUUCCACAUCCAGAGUGAAUUUUCUGCGAUCUUGGCUGGUCAGUCACUGGUGGGCCCCCUCGGUCAAUACUUUAGUUACGCGAUCGCGAAGUGGCGAUUGUGAGCUCCACGGCGUGCGGUGUUUGUUGAUAUUCUCGCGACGAUUUGUUUUGCUUGAUGACCAUUCGACUGGCCGCGGAGGGAUCCCAAACAAAGUCUUGUGAAAACCAAUUUCAAGUGCUUGCGGAGUCCACGACAAACCGUUAGUAGUGCUAUUGUGGGUGCUUUUGGCGGGUAAAUGCUUUACUAGAAAUUUGAGUGCGGACAACUCACCAAAGUUGGAAAGUGACGUGCGCAAUCCUAAACGUAGUUAGUGAAAAUGAGUGAAAACCCCAAAAUUGAAAAACUUCGCCUCGACGACGAUGACGGAGAAUUCGGAGCGCGGCAACAGAAACCGGACGAUGGGAAGCCUGCGACAGUCUACCUUGCCGAGACCUUCUACAUCACUACCAAAAAGAACAGCCAAUUCGAGGUAAAACUAACAGAGAGGGGCAUCUGCCUGCGGAAGGAAAGCAAUGGUAGCGCCAAAGAGCAAGUUAUCUACAUGAAGGACAUCAUUGGAUGCCGCUGUCUGAGAAGCAAGCGCAAGGGACAGGUGGGUUCACCGUGCGCCUGCUCUUCCAUGCCUGGCCCGGCACAACUCAAGGUCGUCGAUGAGCACUCCGCCGACUUGGAUGAGUCUGAUGUGAGCGCAUACCUCUACAUCUACGCCUACAUUCUAAAGAAAGCGGGACGCCGGGGCAGGGGCAGUCGUCGCGAAAGAACAACCUUGACCUUGCGCUUCCGCUCGUUUGACUGCUACGAAGACAACAACCGGGAGGCGCAGAAGUGGCGCACGGCGAUUAAGCAGCUCAUCAAUGGUGAGAGCCCCGAUCUGUCGCCGAAAUUGAUUGAGCAAAGGCGGAUGCUGAUUCUCUUGAAUCCGAAAUCUGGGUCAGGAAAAGCACGUGAGGUCUUCCAACAGCGUGUAGCCCCCAUGUUCGCUGAAGCAGAGAUUGCGUAUGAUUUACAUGUGACCAAGCGGGCGUUUUUUGCAAGGGAGUUUGUUCGCACCAAGGAUGUGUACACUUGGCGUGGAAUAGUUGUAGUCGGAGGUGAUGGCCUGUUCUGGGAAGUUAUCAAUGGACUUCUGGAACGCUCGGAUUGGCAACACGCUCUUGACCAAAUUCCAAUAGGGAUUAUACCGUGUGGAUCAGGAAAUGGUCUGGCUAAGACUAUCGCUCAUGUUUACGGAGAACCAUAUGAGCCGAAACCAAUAUUGGGGUCAACUUUAACUGUGUUACGUGGGCGAAGUGUUCCGAUGGACUUGGUGCGCGUCGAGACACGAUCCGAGAUUAUGUUCUCCUUCCUAUCGGUCGGUUGGGGACUCAUAGCGGACAUCGAUAUCGAAAGCGAACCAUUAAGGCCAAUCGGACCACAAAGGUUCACAGUUUGGUCACUCCAUCGACUCAUAAGCCUGCGAACGUAUCAUGGAAGAAUCUCAUACGCCCUUGCUAAUUGCGAAUUAUCCAAUCAUAACUCCGGCGUAGCUACAAACAAAUUAAAUGCCCUGAAACACAGUAUAAGUUGCAACACGGCUCUAGACUGUCCCGAGUGUCAUGGCGAAGGUGACUGUGAAACUUGUGAUACAGGAUUUGGAGAUAUUCUAUCAUUGGAAACAACAAGCGGGACAAAUUCAUUCCGGCCGCGUGGUGAUAGCUGGUAUUCGGCGACAUCCCGACGAAGUACAUAUUUUUCGGCAUCCGAAAGCGUAUAUCAAAGCAUAAAUGAUAAACAUUCCGAGCCUGAUAGCAGUUUCAAAUAUGAUAAAUCUACAGCCCAAAUGUUUGGACCCGCCUCAACUAUCCCAGCUUUAACGGCACCAGUACCUAGCACAUGGAAGAGCGAAGAAGGAGAAUUCGUCCUUGUCCACACGGCAUAUCAGACUCACUUAGGAUCAGAUUGCUUUUUCGCUCCUCAUUCAAAACUCAACGAUGGUAUCAUUUGGCUUGUGAUUAUUCGGGCGGGGGUAUCACGAUCGCAACUGUUAAGUUUUUUAUUAGGCUUAAGUUCAGGGACGCAUAUUCCUGAGACGAAAAGUCCUUUUAUCGAAAUCAUUCCAGUGACGGCAUUUAGGUUUGAACCGAGCGGUACACAAGGUAAUAUAACCGUCGAUGGUGAAAGUGUAGAAUAUGGACCCAUACAGGGUGAAGUAUUUCCAGGGAUUUCUAGGGUAAUGGCACCUGUAUUUUCGUAAUUCUAAUCCUUUGAAGUGCACAAGCACAACUAGCGGAAUUCAUAUGAAAUGUAUUGAGGGUUGUAUCCACUGCGAAUUGGAAAGACUUGCUGAAAUGUUUCCAAUGCAUUUCCGCGCUUUGUACUUAACAUUUUUAGUUCUCGAAGACGAAGUUUACGUUUUUUUCUAGGAGAACAUAUCCAGAAUGGAGAGAUGCAUUCAGUUGCUGAGUUUAAACUAAGUUACCAUUUUACGUCCCAUGCUAAUGGCAGUAAAUAACGCUUCAUUUUUUUUCUGAAAAUUGAGUUUUUUUGUUGCAUUUUAGUUCUAAAUCCUAGAAAUGUUGCAGUAAUAUAUCCAUCUUGAAACAUAUCAAUCACCCACUGUUGUAUCUAUCAUGCACACGCUCUCUAGAUUGUAUACAAAUCAAAGUGCGCUAUAAACAAUAAGAUAAAUAAUAAACAGUUAUAAGUU